AAUGAAGCCGACUGUACUCCAUUGUACAACCUACUUAGACAAGUGAUUACUGAUUAGUUCAUUACCCAGCACAUCCCACUCCAUACUCCGGUCACGCUUCAAAAACCCGUUCUUAGAGCAUCUCGCACGACGCACCACCUACCUUGACAUUUACAUUACACCUGCCCAUUAAUACAUCAGUAGCCAGCCAGCCACGGUCGAGGACACAUGUCCAGUGCACCGCAUCGAAAUGAUCACCAUUGUUUACAUUCUCGGCUUCCUGGUCGCCGUCGGCCGAUGUGACAUCGACUACAGUGAUAGACCCAGGAACUUCAGCAUAGAGCUAGUGCACUUCACCGCGCAGCAAACGGGGGGACAUGUGGUGGUUUCUCCUUUCGGAAUUUGGACGCUCAUGAAUGGGAUCGCGUUGGGCGCGACCGGUGGCACGUAUGAAGAGAUUCGGCGGGCGUUCUUCUUGCCCCGGAAUGAAAGGAAGAUGAUUAUUGGCUACGGGAACCUGACUAAGAUCGUCCUGAAUCCUACGACGCCUGAAGUGACUUUGACGAGUAAAAACUUCAUGUUUUUGGACCGGUACUUCCAGAUUAACGAUGAAUUCCUCAGCGUCAUCCAAACUGACUUCCAAGCGACUGUAUCCAGGCUCGAUUUCAACGAUCCGAAGGAAGCUGCCAAAACUGCAAACGGCUACAUCCAGAAUUCCGGUGCUAGAGUAUCCAAUGUUUUGACGUCUGAAGAUUUCGCCGAAUCAAGAAUGAUAUUGACCAACGUGAUAUCGUUUAAAGGGCUGUGGGGGCUACCUUUCAACAAGACUGACACGAUUGAGGAGAAGUUCUACAACGAGAGGCGGGAGCCGAUUGGUCGAGUGAACAUGAUGUACCAGAGAGGCAAGUUUCCCUACGGAUUCUUUAAGGAGCUUAAUGGGCAUGUAUUGGAGUUGCCUUAUGGUAGCGACGGCAAAUACUCCAUGCUAAUACUCCUUCCAUUCGGUGGGAACACAACUACAGACAUGUACAUGAGAUUAGAGACCAUAAGUCUGAAAGACAUCUUCAGGAUUCUGCAAGAGGACGCGGAAAACUACGGGGUAGAAGAUGUAGACGUCAGAAUCCCGAGGUUCAAAGUGAGCAGUAACAUCGUGAUGAAUAAACCGUUGAACGAUAUGGGAGUCUACAAGGUUUUCGACCCGUUGAAGUCCAGUUUUGAGCGAGUAACAAAGGAGCCCCUAUUCGUUUCGGCCAUCGUGCAUAAAGCCGAGAUAGAGGUGACAGAAUCGGGGACAGUGGCGGCGGCGUCGUCCACAGCUGAUUUCGCCGACAGAAUAUCAACGCCAAGUUUCGCUGGAAAUAGGCCGUUCAUAUACUUUGUGAUGGAGAAAUCGACGACCACUAUGAUUUUCGGUGGAAUUUAUUCUAAACCUGCCGUGUACUGAGUUAGCCUUUUGACUGUGUUUAUGUGCAUAUAUGUGAGCUAUAUGUGUGUGUGUUUGAGGAAAACAGUGUGGCACGUCUGAUGCUGGUACUUAAUGUAUGUUGGCUUGACGUGGGGCCAUUAGUUGUUAGACGUAAAUAUGCCUACCUACUAAUUAUACCUAGAUGAUUUAAGUAUUAUUAUAUUAUACUUGUACGUGUUUUUAUACAAU